UGAGUUUCCACUCACCAGCUAUAGAUCAGAUUUUUAUGAAGAAAAAUAUCAAAAAUAUCAACUUUAUUCGAAAAUCAGAAAUCAUGCUGGAAACAGUCAGGAAUUUAAGGACCAAAAUUGAUAGUGGUCAGGUCUCUCAUAAGAAGAAGCAGUUACAUACAUUUUGUAUGUCAAAGGUCUCACCACGGCCUCGGACGGUGCUACAAAGUGUGAAGAGUUCCAUAUUUAAGCUAAUUAGCCAACUGACAAAGUUAAGUAAAUAAAAUCAGCCAAAUGGAUGUAGACAAUAUUCAAAUACUACAUUCUGCUCUGAAGGAGGCACAGAAUAGUCUCCGUUGAGCAUUGGGCUCGGGUGAGAAACAAAUCCCAACAAGCUGUAUUAAGCUGGACCAGAAGCAGACUCGGAAAUGAUUAAACAAGAGCGAGCCUGAGAUCAAUAAUGUUUGGAAGCAUCAGAGUCCGAAUUUGAAACUUCUUACUGAUAGUGACAAGAAGGUCAACAAUACAACACUAAGUCGGGCUUAUAAGGAUCUUAAUUUCUCAAGUUUUCAUAAUAAUCGUGGGAAAAUUGAAAGCUUGGCCUCUCGAAACCUCAGGAAGCACUCUAAGAAUGAGAAACACAAAGGCAGCUGUAUGAAGUCCCUCACUAGACUGAAUAUUUGUCAGAAUAAGAGGUACAAAACUGAGUUUACCAGCGUGAAUACCCCAAAAGUAAACAACAGAAGAGUCCCUGUAACAGAAAAGUUAUUUAAUUUGUCUUCAUUUAAAGACAAAAUAAGCAAGUUUAGUACAACUAGCCCCCUGAUUUCCGAGAAAAAGAAGCCUGAAAGUAUCAAAUGUAGUGAGAAGAAGCGAUUGCUUCCUAAGUCAUUAAUAACUAAAAAGGCUCCUUUAAUGCAGAGGGCAAAGAGCGAGACAACUUUACAGAAUGCGAUACAAUUUACAGACGUGUCCACCAAAUCUAUGUGCCAAAAGAGACAUCCAUAUACUCGUUGAGAGUGCACCACAAAGGGUCCAAAACCAUGAGGGGUUUAUUGCUGAUAUCUCUCUUCAGAGUUUCAGAAGAAAAUCCUCUUUGAAAAACUCCGAAUCCUUGACCUGGAAGAAGACUCUCUUCGAGAAAAUUCUAAGUACGCUAUAUGUAUCAAAUGGUGGUAUAAAUGGUGCGAUUUUGUUAAUAUUUCCGUUGACGCUUUGCAAAAAUUCAAUACUUUGCCAGAUACAGAGGAGUUUGAUUCCCAAGGAUCCAUCCUCCAAUCUUUGCUUCAUGAAUCGAGUGAAUCUGAAGAGAUUUACUCUUAUGAGGGUCAUAAAUUGUCAUUGAUCGAGGAAGAAGAAACGUAUGACAAACCGAGUAUUAUCAACAACAGGUCUCUUCUCAGCCCAGAUCCAGAUGAUGAUAGUCGGUUGAAGUCCUACUCCACUGAGAACUACGACUAUGUCCUAGUGACUGCGUACCAAUGGAACUUCUUGAAAAAGUGGUUCCUGUGCGAUUUUGAGAUUGAAAUUAGCCGUGGGUUUUCAUAGUUACU